AUGUCUGCCGACGCUUCUGAUAAAUCUUUUUGGUUGGCUUACUGCAAGGCUAUUCAGCAAGCUAUCGGACCCAACCCCGGGUCUGACAGCGCUAUUUUCUUUGCCACGAAGGCGCAGAAAGGCCCAGCCGCGUCUCCUCUCAUUCCUCCCGAGUACACAAACUUCGGGAUUUACAAUCUUGCGGACAACCUCUUGUCUGCCAACAAUCUGUUCUAUGUACCGUCGACUCAGAACUCGUACAUCAGAUCGUUGAGAAAUUAUCUCGGCUAUGUUGACCUUGGAGGCUCCCAGAGCCCUGGCGUGGUCACUCGAGUCGUUCUCACUCAGAAAGCCCUGGACGCUGCCCUGACCAGAUGCAACAUGGAGGUCGCCAAAGCUUUUGCAGACUUUCAGCAACAGCAUGGAUUCGGCAUCACUGGAGACCAGAGCUUCAUUCAAUGGUAUCCCACCCACGCGCCGGCAUAUGUGAAUGCCCUUCAAGCCGCCGCUGCUGCUGCUGCCGACAAUAAGUCUGCCCUCAAUGACAUGAGUGGCCCACUUGCGGCUCAGUACAAUUUGGAUAGCGACAAGCUCACUCAAGCCAUGACUAGUCUUGCAGCGACUCCGGGGAUAUCCAUGGCUGCCACUAGCUCCACUCCGUCUUCUGCCCAAGAUGUUCUUAACGCUGUCAACUCGAAUCAGGCUCUCCCAGCUCCCAAAGGAAUCAGAUACGUGCCUGAGUACAGCUCUGAUGAGUAUGUCACGGCUGUGAGUGAUUGGAUCCAAGAUCCCAGUCGCGGCCGACCUGGCAAGAACUCUAUCGAGAUCAAGAUGAGCGAUGGAAAGAACACCAGCGAGAGUCAAUUUGGCCAGGAAACCUUGAGCGGUAGCCUCAGCUUCUCCUAUGCUCCCUGGGUGUCUUUCGGUGCCAACGCAUCUUCUGAUCACGAGGAAAAGCUUGAUCAGAGCAGCUCCAACGAAAAUGAUAUUCAGAUCACGGUCACAUACGAUGAGAUUAGGACCGUGGCUGUCAAUCCUGGAAGUUGGAACAUCGGAGACCCAAAGAGCAGCUACCCUAAGCUGAAGCCCGGCGCCCCAGACACCGUUAAGGUUCUUGUCGCACCGACUCAACUUGUCGUAGUUAGAAAUCUUGGCUACAGAAUCAAGUUCAGCAACACCCUUAAGUCCACUUUCGACAAGAAAGUGUCCGACACUAAGCAGGCUGGGGGCUACGUCCGCGUCUUUGGAAUUCCGAUCCAAGUUGGCGGCGACUUCAAGAAGACUACUAACAACACUUCGCACACUGCUACGUGGGAUAGCACCUCCGGCGAGUUCAUCGUCGCGCCUACUGAUGAGGGUGCUUUUGCUUCUAUCAUUGCCAUCCGUGGCGACAAGAUCAAGACGACCUAA